CAUUGAUCGUGAAUCGCUCAGAAUGGAGGAUACACGGCACUUCAUAUCGCGAUUCAACACGGCAAGAAUGACAUUUUUGAGCUUCUUAGCAAUGUUUACAAAGCGGAUCGCAAUUUGACAGAUUGGAGCGGAAAAAAACCUUUGGAGUAUCAACAGAAGCAAAUGAAGAGUGUCUCAUCGUCAACGUACAGCAAGAUCAAAGCUCGGAAAAAGCAAUCAGAAAAAGACUUGGGCUUCCUUCGUAUUGGCUCGCUCAAUGCGCGCGUCAAGAAAACGAGAGACUCCUUCAACAACUUUAUGGGCGGCUCACAGAAAACGAUGCAUCGAUAUCCAGCUCAUUAUCAACAUCAGAUGAUGGAUCAGAAGAUUCCGAUGAAUGUACAGCAACAAUUUAAGCUCGAUGACAACAAAAUGCACAAAAGUUGGGGAUCUGCUGAUAAUAUUCAAAAUAACCAAAAUGACUUGAUGCCUCCUCCAAACAACAAAUAUACUUCGAAGAAAGUUCGACGUGCAAAGAGAGAUAUUGACAUCAUGGGCAUAAAUUGCGGGCCUCAUAGUACGCCAACAACGCCUCGAACUAUCAGAAGCCCUAUCGGAGUACUUUGUGAACAACCGUCGCUCGAAGAUAAUUCUGACAGUGAUGUUGCUUGUGGUUUUGACGACAAUUGGAAAAGACCUGAAAGCACAAUAAUGAACAAAGCACCUCCAACGUAUCUUUAA